CUGGGGUGGGCUGCUGAUUAAGCUUUUGUGGUUAAUAAAGCCUGUCACUAGACAGCUAUUACUUUCCUGUGUAUCGUUGCUGAGAUUUCUGCAUUGAGCAUUUAGACACAAAUGAACCGCCAAUGCAUUUGGCUUAAAGAAAAGCUCUCUGAGGAAAGGUAACUUUCUAGCAGAUGUUGACAUGUACGACAAAAACUUCUGUCAUCUGUCAGACUCAUAAAGCUUUUUUAACUCUUUCUUUAUAUCUCAGUCAGCUGAAAUCUCUGUGAAAAAGGUGUUCUGUAUCUUCGGGGAAGGCACUUUCCUUUAAGUGUACUGUACUGUCAAGAGCAGACAGGAAUUCUGAAGAAAGUCAGUCCAUUUCAUUGACUUGAACAGAUGAUAUUGAAGAGUACCUGCUCCUGUCAUUACUGCCACAACUGCUAAAAUGGAGGUGGUUUCAGCAGAAGUCAACAGCUUGCUCCCUGAGGAAAUAAUGGACACUGGUAUAACUUUGGUGGAAGAUGACAGCAUUGAGGCAGUUAUUGUAUCGUCGCCUAUGGGAGAUUCUAUUCCCAUGGAAACAGAACUGGAAGAAAUAGUGAACAUAAGCUCAACCAGUGAUUCGUCGGCAACGACUACACCUGCAGUCACCACGGAACCAGUUACUGCGCCCAGCAAUCACUCAGGCGAAGUGACAGUGAAUACCACAGCUGCAAAAACUGAUAGCAAUGCAAUAGUGAAGACUGCCUUUCAAAGUGGCCUCCACAAACUUGGUGCUCAGACCCCUGUCACUAUAUCAGCCAAUCAGAUUAUUUUGAACAAGACCGCUGACCUUAAAAUAGGCAAUCAGAGUAUUAAACCGGAUGGGCAAAAGCUAAUUGUAACAACUUUGGGCAAGUCUGGCCAACCCAUUGUUUUAGCACUACCCCACAGCCAGCUCCCCCAGGCGCAGAAGGCCACCUCCCAGGCCCAAGGUGGAGACUCCAAGGUACAAGGCCAGCAGAUCAAGGUUGUUAUUGGAGGGAGGUCAGAAGUGAAACCUGUUGUUGGUGUCUCAGCUCUGACACAAGGAAGUCAGCUGAUAAAUACUGCAGCCCAGCCUUCUGUAUUGCAGACCCAGCAAUUAAAAACAGUACAGAUUGCAAAGAAGACCCGAACACCAACCUCUGGCCCAGUGAUCACCAAGCUGAUCUUUGCAAAACCAAUCAAUAGCAAAGCUGUUACGGGGCAGACUACUCAAGUGUCGCCGGUCAUUGCAGGCAGGGUUCUUUCACAGUCUGCUCCAGGAACGCCACCAAAGACAAUAACGAUCUCUGAGAGCGGAGUUAUUGGAUCAUCUCUGAGUACAACAGCGCAACAGACACCGAAUAAAAUAGCUAUCUCGCCACUCAAAUCCCCUAAUAAGCUAACAGUGGUGUCAGUGGCCUCACAGCCUCCCAACUCCCCCCAGAAGACGGUGGGCGUCCCACUGAAUGUAGCUUUAGGACAGCAGAUCCUCACAGUGCAGCAGUCUGCACCCUCUUCCCCUGGGAAGGCCAUAGUCAACCAUACAACUGCGCAGGCUGUGAAGUCAGCAGUACAGACCAUUACGGUAGGAGGAGUGGGUACCUCUCAAUUUAAGACAAUUAUUCCCUUGGCAACUGCACCCAAUGUUCAGCAAAUUCAGGUACCUGGAAGCAAGUUCCAUUAUGUUAGACUUGUCACUGCCACAACAGCCAAUAGUUCAACUCCGACUGCCAGUCAAAAUCCCAGUACGAAUACGCAGCCUCUUCAACAAGCAAAGCCAGUGGUGGUGAAUGCAACCCCUGUGCGGAUGUCUGUUCCCAUUGUGCCAGCACAGACUGUAAAACAGGUGGUGCCCAAACCAAUCAACCCAACUUCGCAGAUAGUUACCACUAGUCAGCCCCAGCAGAGACUUAUUAUGCCAGCCACUCCACUGCCGCAAAUACAGCCCAACCUCACUAACCUCCCCCCGGGCACGGUACUGGCACCAGCACCUGGUGCAGGAAACGUAGGCUAUGCAGUCCUUCCAGCUCAGUAUGUCACACAGCUACAGCAGUCAUCGUAUGUAUCUAUAGCAAGCAACACUGGCUUUACCGGGACAUCUAGCAUCCAGUCCCAAGCACGGCUGCCAUUCAACGGAAUAAUUCCCUCUGAAUCUGCAAACCGCCCCAGGAAGCCCUGCAAUUGUACAAAGUCUCUGUGUUUGAAACUGUAUUGUGAUUGUUUUGCAAAUGGUGAAUUCUGCAAUAACUGCAACUGUACAAAUUGUUAUAACAACCUGGACCAUGAAAAUGAUAGGCAAAAAGCAAUAAAGGCCUGCCUGGACAGAAACCCUGAAGCCUUCAAGCCCAAAAUAGGGAAAGGAAAGGAAGGAGAAUCGGAUCGGCGACACAGCAAAGGGUGUAACUGUAAACGCUCGGGAUGUCUCAAAAACUACUGUGAAUGUUAUGAGGCAAAAAUCAUGUGUUCUUCCAUAUGUAAAUGCAUCGGCUGUAAAAAUUUUGAAGAAAGUCCAGAGCGAAAGACAUUGAUGCAUUUAGCAGAUGCCGCAGAAGUUAGGGUCCAGCAGCAGACGGCCGCAAAGACAAAGUUAUCCUCCCAGAUCUCAGAUCUGCUGACGAGGCCAACGCCAGCACUCAGCAGUGGUGGGGGAAAGCUGCCCUUUACGUUUGUAACCAAGGAGGUAGCUGAUGCAACCUGUGAAUGCCUUCUUGCACAGGCGGAGCAAGCGGAGAAGAUGGGCAAGUCGAAAGCUGCAGCAGAGCGCAUGAUCCUGGAGGAAUUUGGACGCUGUUUGAUGAGAGUUAUUAACUCUGCAGGGAAGUCCAAAAGUGACCCUUGUGCCAUGAACUGCUGACUCGUGCACAUGAGCUACAACAAAGCGGACUGAACAGAACAUUUAAGGCACAGGGACACUUUGGUUUGGGGCGGAGGAUUUAAUAAUAUUUGUUAAUUUGGUGCUUGUUUUAAAUUGACUUGCAUAAGAUUGAAAUGAGAAAUUCUUUUAUAACAAGAUGUAGAGUCUUUUAAAUCUUAGCUAAAUCCUCUUAUACUUAUGACGAUGCCUAAAGGUGAAUUUUUCUUCCUGAUGUUGUACAGCUUUUAACUGGGGUUUCCUAAAAGAUGGAUGUUUUCUUCCCGUUCCCCCCAAAAUAAUUGCCUGAGGGGCAUAUAUAAAUUAUUAUAAUAUAUAUUAUUUACAGUGUAUGGAGUUGCAUCACAUUGUGCAUAUAGGAAAACACAGAUGCUGACAACAAACAGAUGGCACUUCUGACAACAGGCCCAUAAUACAGUGAAGUAUCAGUGUAUCCAAGUUAAUUCUGAAAGGAAGUGUGUAAAACUGAACAUCUAAAUAGACAGUAGUAUCUGUAUUGAGGACCGGAUACAGCACGUUCCUUUAGUGUAUACGGCAGUGUGAAAUAUGCAGUCAGUAAUGCAGAGGGGUUACUUACACGUUUAGCAGUGGGCAGGUGGUUAAGAAUCUCACUGAAGCGGGGCCCAAGGAGCUCUGAGGUCAAUAAAGCUAAUGUUUUUUUGCUUGUUUGCUUCGAAUGAUAAAAUCUUCGGCGAGAGCUCAAGUGUUGUCUAAGCUGGAAUUUGAAGGCUAAGACAGUGGCCUGUUUUCAAAAGUGAGAAAGAGCAGCCAUGCCCUAAUGCUAGGCUGUCUGCCCAACAACAGUGUUAGCCUAAGUGACGAGCGGGUGGAUGCUGUUGCUUAGGUAAAGCUUGGUGCUCAGAGGUCUUUAGCAGCCCAGUCUGUCAAUGGAGGUAGGAGGACUUAGCAGUCCAUUGCAUUUUCUAGGAUCAAGCUGUUAGCCUGGAGAUGUAUUUGAGCCCCAGAGGCUGGGGUAACGGGAUACAGUGGAACCACAGUUGUCUUGAUGAGGACUUGAGACAAUCUGCAUCCAAAUUGACCUGCGGACGCGUGUGGAGAUCAUGUUCAACCUGGUUUGUGGAUCGUCUCGACACUCCUCCUCUGUAUGUUGUCUCGUUGGUGAUUUAUUUGGUUUAAGGUUUUUAAGUGUUGUUUGGAAUGACCAUGAGAGCCGUGAUCAUACAGGACGCUAGCACAGAAUCAAGACUGCUACCAAAACAGACAUACUGAUCCUUUGACAAAAAAAAAAAAAAAGAAAAAAGAAGAAAAAAACGAAAAAACAAAUCAACUAUAGCUGUGUAUAGACUAGGGUGGGGAAUUUUUUCAGUAUUUGUUACAGGCAAUCUCCGAUCACAUUUUUGAUAGUGGAACACAUUUACAAACUGAAGCUGGUAAGUUAUUUACCUAAAAGUAGCAUAAUAACCGUGUUUAAUCCCAGGCGUUUUUAUUAACUGUCUUACUGCUGCCUGAAAAAGAUCGCUGGGUUUUUCCAAAAGGGAUUUUGUAUUCCUUGUGUAACUGUAAAUACAGAGAUACAGCAGAGCUCUUCCUCUGGGUUUUUGAACAGGGCCAGGCUGGGAAAAGGUAGGGACUAGGCAAACCAGCAGCAGAGCCAAGUGCCUACGUGUGUGACGGCAGCAGGAUGGGAGGAUGCUUCUGCUCUGUGGCUUCACCCCAUUCUCCUGCCCACUGAGCGAAAGGUCCUUUCUCUUCAGCCCAUGUUUGGUGCCCCUCAAACCGCUUCGCAAGGUGCCGGGGACCAGAUUUGGCCUGCUUGUCACCCUUUGAAGAGCCCUGUCCUGUAAUAGCAUCUUCCUGAGCAUAAGUAGCAAAUACACUUGUGCAAAUCUCUGAGAAGGGAAUCCAUCACUCAUUUAAGUAAUGCCAUUUUUUUUCAUAAUUAGGACUUGGAUUUAUUAAAAGUCAGUGCAGUAACUUUACAUGUAAAUAGUGCGGAUAUUCAGUUUACUUCUAGUGACCUAAUAUAGUAUGUCCAGUAAGAUUUGUAUAAAUGUAAAUUAGUGUAAGUGAAUAAAGUAAUACCUACUUACGUUAUUUUUCAAACAGAUUGCAAUAUGCCUUCUUUUGUUUAGACUUCAAUCCAUGUUAAUUUUGUAUAUAUUCUGUGUCUUACUCUAAAUUGCACCUUUUGUGAUGUGUAUUUAUAUACAGUGUGCAAAAACACUUGUGAAAUUUAGAUUACAGUUGUAAUUAUGUAUGAUGGCAUUGCUUGAGAAUAUUUUGCUUGUAAAGACUUUGAAGGUGCAAUCAAAUGCUCUUAGUUCUAUUUUGGUUUGAACAAGCUUUCUCAAACAUUAAGCUUGGAUUCCUCUCUCCCCUCUCCCUGGUGUAGUAUGUAUGAAUUGGUUUUUGUACUUCCUUAGCCAUUUGCAUCAAACUGCUGGACAAGAUUUACAGUCAAGUUCAUCCAGUCACAUAAAAAUAAUUGGGAAAGGGGCAAGGGUUCAUUUUCUAGUUCUGUUUACAUCUGAAAGUAGAAAAAUUAAAUUUAUAUUUACUAGACCUAUUCAAAGAAUACACUUUUCUAUAUUGUAAAAAUAAAACAGUCAGAUAAAUCACAAAGAAAAAUAAACAUUUAUACUAUUCUGUAAA